UCCCGCUGGACGUUGCUAGUGCUAAAUGCUAACAGCGGCUGCCGUACUUCCAGCUGCCUGUUUUCAGUCGUCGCUCAGCGGACAGAAAUCCCGGUAAAGUGUUAGGAAGUCGUUACAGUUCCUUGAGUUUGGCGUCGGGCCGUCGGCAUGUCUGUGCGGGGCCCGGAGGAGCUGGGGGAGCAGGUCGAAGAGCCCGAGGACCUGGAUGACCAGGACGCUAGCAGCAUCUCUCCGGCCGAGGAGAUAACGCUGCCCGCCGGGCCCGGAGGCGACGACGAGCCCGCGGACACGCUGCUGCUGCUGCCCUGGGACCGCUUCUCUACCUGGCUGCACUGCAUCUGUGUGGUGGGCUUCGACCUGGAGCUGGGACAGGCGGUGGAGGUUAUUUAUCCUCAUCACUCCAAGCUGUCUGAGAAAGAGAAAACAAGCAUCUGCUACCUUUCUUUUCCCGACUCAAACUCAGGUUGCCAUGGCGACACCCAGUUCUGUUUCCGCUUUCGUCAAGGUUCCAACAGGAAGUUGUCGCUUGGCCGCUUCCUAGAAACCACCGACCGGGAUGCCCCUCCAUGUCUGAAGAGGGAACAGGGGCAUUACUAUGGUUACGUGUAUUUUCGUCAGGUUCGAGACAAGUCUUUGAAGAGAGGAUACUUCCAGAAGUCUCUGGUCCUGAUCAGUAAGCUGCCCUAUGUGACCUUCUUCCACUCCCUGCUGAAGAUCCUGGCACCAGAAUAUUUUGAGAGGCAGGAGCCCUGUCUGGAAGCUGCUUGUAAUGACAUCGACCGAUGGCCGACGCCCCAUCCUGGACGAAUCCUCACGCUGCCCAUUAUGGGCGUGGUCAUAAAGGUUCGAAUCCCAACUUCUUAUGACAAACCUGGAACCACACAGCUGGUCCAGUCCGCACAGGCUGACAGUCAGGUGUCCAUGGUUCUUCCAACCAUCCAUGAGGUUGAUCUCUUCAGGUGUUUCUACCCGGUCUUCUUCCACAUUCAGAUGCUGUGGGAGUUGGUGUUGCUCGGAGAGGCGCUCAUCGUCAUGGCGCCUUCUCCGGCCGAGUCUUCAGACACCGUCCUGGCGUUGGUCAACUGCAUCUCUCCUCUGCGUUACUGCAGCGACUUCAGGCCGUACUUCACCAUCCACGACAGCGAGUUUAAGGAGUACACUACCAGGACGCAGGCGCCGCCGUCUGUUAUUUUGGGAGUUACAAAUCCAUUCUUUGCCAAAACACUCCAACACUGGCCGCACAUCAUCCGCAUCGGCGACAUGAAGCAAGCAGGAGAGAUGGCCAAGCUGAUGAAAGUCAAGAAACUGAAGAACCUCAAAACUCUGGAUUCUAAACCUGGUGUGUACAGUGCCUAUAAGCCAUAUCUCAACAAAGACGAGGACAUCAUCAAACAGCUUCAGAAGGGAGUACAGCAGAAGAGACCCUCUGCGGCCCAGAAUGCAAUUCUCAGAAGAUACUUUCUGGAACUGACUCAGAGCUUCAUCAUUCCGCUGGAGCGGUAUGUGGCCAGUCUGAUGCCUCUGCAGAAGUCCAUCAGUCCAUGGAAGAGUCCUCCUCAACUCCGACAGUUUGUACAGGAGGACUUCAUGAAGACCCUGGAGAAGGCCGGACCUCAGCUCACCUCCAGACUGAAAGGAGACUGGAUCGGACUCUACAGGCAUUUUCUCAAAUCUCCCAACUUUGACGGCUGGUUCCGUAACCGGAGGAGAGAAAUGACCCAGAAGCUGGAGGCGCUGCACCUGGAGGCACUGUGUGAGGAGGACUUCCUGCAGAGAGUCCAGAAGCACACCGAGGUGGAGACGGUGGAUCUGGUCCUGAAGCUGAAGGAUAAACUGAGCCAGGCGGACAAGGAGCAGCUGCCGGUGCGUCCGGGGACUCUGGCUAAACUACGAGACCACAUCGAGGCCGUCAUCUUAGUCCUCCCAGAAGACCUGCAGGGCAUCCUCCACAAGCCCGCCACACCCUGACCUGUGACCCCAACAGGACAGCGGCUGAGGACAGGCGGGCCGAGUCUGGAACUCGGACUCAGAGUCCAAGAACCUGGUCUCAUGUGAAAAGCACAUGGAGCGUUGUUAUUUUGUUUUCUGUCAUUGCAGCGUGAAUGUUGUGGACGUUUUGAUGAUCUGUGAGAACUUUGUGGAUGCUGUGAGCCGGUCAGGGGUCAGAGGUCACCUACUAUUGGACUUGGUCCACACCAGCAGGUCGGA